UUUGAAACUUUGAAAAAAAAUUCUAGUCGCUAGUGACUGCAGUGUAGUUGCAGAACGAAAGGAUACUGUUAGUGAAUUUUUAUGUUAGUGAAUGACUUUGUUAACAAUCAAACGGUAGCAAAUGAUAGCUUUGGUUGAUUUGAAGUUGUUUCUGAUACCCUAUACAUCUAGACUCUAGAGUCUAUGGACCGCGAGCGGCGAACUGAGUGAUUACUGCACUUGCUCGUGCUGCGUUUUGAUGGUUCUGGGAUUUCUGUUUUAAUUGGGCCUGUGGAAUGGCGAAAAUCGCCACUACCUUGUGGACGCACAAGAAAAAAGCCGCUGUACUGUUUGGAGCUAUCGCGUGGGGGACAAAUUAUGGCUUGGAAAAACGAAGGAUUCAUGAAAUUAUGCGAAGCUUAUGUUUGGAAGCAAAGCAAUUUGGUGAUCGGCCGAUUCCCAUCGGUCAACAAGUGCGGAAGGCAGUUGUAAUUUUGAAUUAUGGUUCACACAAAAGUAAAGCCAGGAAGCUGUAUGAAAAUUAUGCAGCACCCUUGCUCAAUUUGGCUGGAAUACAAACCACGAUUUAUGCCACGGAUGACACGACUAAACUGCGUGAAUAUCUGGAACACAUUGAACAAACGGAUGCGGUGAUUUUCGCAGGUGGUGACGAUACUGUUUUUGAAUGCAUCCAAGCUUAUUUCAAACUCGACAAGCCGGGACUAUCAAGUACACCGGUGGGAAUACUGCCGCUCGGAUAUUCCAAUGCUGUUUACAAUGCCUUGAGGCCUGAGAAACUGGAAGAUGUACUAAAAAUUGCUCAAGCCGCUAUGGCAGCCGCAAAAGGGGCAUGCGCCGCCAGUGAUGUGCUCGAAAUAAAGAAUGGUGACAAUGCCGAAAAGGACUAUGCAAUUGUUGGACUUCAAUGGGGAAGCUUAAGAGAUGUGGAAACCGUUGUUCCAAAGUACUGGUAUCUUGGUCCGUUUGCACCGCUUUUUACCUACUGCUUAGCGACUGUGAAGCGUUCGCUUACGUCAAUUUCGACCGUGCUGCAGUAUGUUAAUGUGUGUCCCGGCUGCUCGAAGUGCGAGCAAUUGGUUGUGACCACCACUACCAUUACGAAUGCUCCCCGAACUUGGUGGCAGAAUAUCAUUUCUCGUAGGAAGCACGAUUUAGCGGUUCCACACAGCACACUCCCACAAAAAUUUUCUGACGAAGUUAACGAAGACUGUGGGAUCAUCCACGAAGAUUCCUUAGUCACGGAGGAUUUGCAUAUUUUGACACGGAAUUGCACAGUGCCUGUACAUUUACAUAGUGAUGAAAGGUAUUUGUACUUAACGUUUCGGCGGCCUGAUAUUGACACUUUAUGGAGCAAGUCCAAAUUACGGAGUCGGUUUCUAAACGAAGUGAACAAACUGGGAGAUGUUGAGCAUUACGCUAAACGAACUCUUCAAGAGGUCCGAAUUCUGCCAAAGGAAAAUGAUUUAGUACAACAUCCUAAAAUGGAAAUCGACGGCCGUGUUGUUGAGAUCAAAGGUCCCCUGCACGUGAAAUUACAUCCGAAGAAGUUGUUUCUUUUUAGUCCGGAGGUCGGCUAAAGUUCUCCCGCUCGAGGACCAGACAUAAGGUUUCUUUGCUUCUUUGCUUUCUGUUUAUUUUUUACUUGUUUUUCCUUUUCUUUCUGAAGAAGUCGUUGCGUUUCUCUUUCCUAGCAGUAAUUAAAAUAACAAAUGAAUUAGUUCAACGAUUAGUUAUGUAACCAGCUGGAAAAAUUGAAUAAAUGGAAGCUGGUUA